UGGGGCAGCAGGCAGGGUCCGUGGCCGUAGCAAUGGCUAUGAUGAAGGGGGCGAUGGGCUGCCCAGUGGCUAACAUCAUGGAGGAGACCUUCAGCUGCACUGUCGCCAACCGCUUCUACCAGCUGCUGGACGACGAGUCGGACCCUUUGGACAACCUCUGCGAAGCCGAGCGCCGCCAGCAGCAACGCAAGAACCUCAACAAAGUGGUGGCCCGGCGGGGCAGCCCCGGUGGCAGAGGGGGUACCGCCAAGAGGGAGCCUCAGAAGCAGCGCAAGCAGCUCGGGACGCCCGCGCCGCCGCCGCAGCUCGGUCAGAAGCAAGCACCUAAACAAGAAGAGUGUGGAGGAAAAGACAAUAGCAGAGCAGAGAAACAAGACAAAACUGAAUGGAGGCCGUCAUUCAUGGAAUACUCAUCUUAUGAAACAGAAAGUCAAGCAGAAUUCACAGCUAAGAGUCUUUUUAGACCUAUUGGGGAAUUAGACUAUGAAAGGCCAAGAGGUUGUGGAAGAGGAGGAGGUGAAAUGCAAGGUAGAGGAAGAGGCGGUGGAAUAAACAAGUUUGAUGUCUUUGACCACAGAGGAAAAUGGGAAUUUGAAAGACAAAGUGGCAGUGAUGAAAUUGAACUGUGUGAAACUGCUCCAAUUUUGCAACUGCAAAAAACAGCUAAGUCUCCAGAGAUGUCUGAAGGAGAAUCUCUAAACAAAGUUGCUGAAGGAAAGCCAAUGGAAGAAGUAGUUCAAGAAAUGACGUUAGAUGAGUGGAAAAAUCUUCAGCAACAGAAUCGACCGAAGCAUGAAUUCAACAUCCGGAGGCCAGAAUCCACUGUUCCUUCCAAAGCAGUGGUGAUUCACAAGUCAAAAUAUAGCAGUGAUAUACAAAAGGGAGAGCUUGAAGACGAUUAUCAGAUUUUUCGAAGGGCAGUGAAUGAUAUAACAUCUCAGCUUGAUAUCAACUUUGGGAGUCUUUCUCGCCCUGGCCGUGGAUCAAGAGGAGCACGAGGUUGUGGCCGUGGCAGACAAGUUGAGGAGACACGAUCUCAACCAGAAGUAAUGGUGCAAAUUGUUGCUCCAAAUCCAGAUGAUCCUGAAGAUUUUCCUGCUUUAACAUGAAAGAAAUAUCAUGAAUGGUGUUAUCAACGGAGCUUUGGUGCAGCUCUAAAGAAACCAGUUCUGUACUGGUGCGAAGGAAAAAAAAAGUCCAAGUCUACUGGAAAAGCUGUUCUGGUUGAUGGGUUUUUGUUUUUUUUUUCAUGUGUGAAAUGUUUGAACACAUUAAUGGAAGAGAGUUCUGGAGACAACAGUGGUCUGGAAUUCUGUUAUAGGGCCUAGUGCCUGCCUCCAUUUGUGAAAGCUGUAUGAAGGAUUGCAGUACUCAAGUAUAAGGCUUUGAAUGAACAUCAACAGUACAGUGCUUAAAAAUGUAGAGACUAUGUCAAGUUCUUCCUGGCAGCUUAGUGAAACUGUAUGACAUGGUUUGCCAUUAGGAGUCUGUUUCAUUUUGAAAUAUGAAAGCUACUUUCUGUUUCUUUGGUUGAAGUGUAUUUUACACAUUUACAAGUUGCAGUUCUUGAGAGUUUGGCAAA